GGGCAUUUGCAUGUCGGAACAGGAGUCCACACCCAGCACGGGGCCGGCUCCUCGCAUGUCGAGGCAGCUCCUCUUCCUCCUCACGUCUUGCUGACUCGCAGAAGGAGGACAGGAUCCCGCGCCUCCCUCCUGUUUCAGCCGUACGACGACUCGUCUGCUAAAGGCCAGGAGGAGGACUUCAUCCCAACAUGAAGAGGACUUUACUCUAACUUCACUCUCAAAACCUGGGUGAAGAGGAGUAAUGAUGGAAUCCCAUCAGCUGUCGCUGCUGUCGUCUCUGAGAGCUGAGCCCAGGCCGGAGGAUUACGUCCAGCCCCACUACAAGGAGGGUUACCGCCUGGCCAUCGACGCCCUGGCCAUCAGUGGCCGCGAAAGCUACCAGGAAGUCCUCAAGGCGGAGCGCCUUGGCAGCUUCCUGUCUGGACACGAGCUCCUCUUCAUCACGAACAACGCGCUGCAGCCACUCGACGGUAAUGACACGGAGGAGACGAGCGGGUCCCUGGACGGCGGCUCGUCCUCAGGGACGUACUGGCCUGUCCACUCUGACGUGGAGACGCCUGACCUGGAGCUGGGCUGGCCGGACCUACCCCCGGAGAGACGGCAGACCAGCAUCGACCUCCUGUUCCACCCGCCCCGGCUGAACAGCCCCACCAUCAAGGAGGUGGUGCGCAAACACAUUCAGGACGCCAGACAGCUCAUCGCUGUCGUCAUGGACGUCUUCACGGACGUGGACAUCUUCAAAGAGGCGGUGGAUGCCUCGCUGCGAGGCGUGUCCGUCUAUGUGCUCCUGGACCACAUCCACCUCCACAGCUUCCUCUCCAUGGCAGAGAGCCAGGACGUUCACAUUCACAAGCUGAGGAACAUGAGAGUGCGCUCGGUGAAGGGCCAGGACUACCUGUGUCGCUCCGGGGCCACCUUCCAUGGAGCCCUGCAGCAGAGGUUCCUGCUGGUCGACUGUGAGACGGUCAUGUUCGGAUCCUACAGCUUCACGUGGUCCUUUGAGAAGAUCCACCUGAGCAUGGUGCAGGUGAUCACGGGCCGCCUGGUGGGGUCGUAUGACGAGGAGUUCCGGACGCUCUACGCCCGCUCCAGGGUCCCGGCGGCGCUCUGCCCCCCAGGGGGCUCCAGGCAGGCCCCUGCCGCCUGCCAGCCCUUCGAGAGGAGGGAUGUACUGAGGCACACCCUGGACACGGUGUACAGGAAGGCUUGCGAGGGGCAGCCGGGCGUCCGAGACGUCUGCGAAGGGGAGCCUUUCGAACAGCGGCCGCCGGCCAUGUUUGUCCCCGGGGUGGGCGUGCAGGGCCGCAUCCAACAGCUGCAGACUCAGGACACCGACUUCCUCAAGAGGCACAGCUACGCCGGGGAGAGGCAGGAGAGGCCGUACGUACCCCAGAACCCCCGCUUUGGAUCCAGUAACUGGAACGUGGCCGGAGAUGCAGGAUACCACCCCAACGGAAGGAUCCAGUUCCCCAACGACCAGCAUCAACCGGAGAAAAAGGUGUUCAGGGGCCUUAACAUGCGUCAGUCGUACCACGGCAACGACAAGCAGAUUGUGAGUAUGAAGCAGAACAUGCCGUCGCUGGAGAACACCUCCAAGUCCUUUCUGAGGACGUGGAGGAUCGACUCUUACCUCAACAACAGCGACGCUCCCUGUGGAGAAUCCAGUGACUACCUGGACCAGUACGAGCCCCUGCCGGAGAACAAGGCGGGCCACUACAUGCCCUCUCGACUCAGGUCCUCCUUUGUGUUCAAGUCCACCAUCCCGGAGCAACCGGAGAGCAACAGCUACACCACCUCCUCCUCGUCCUCGCGUCCGCCCCCUCCCACCACCGUCCCCUUCCCCAGCGCUCCGUAUUACAACCCCACGCAGUGGAGUCCAGCCGAGGGCGGGGCUCGCCUCGAGGAGUUCCAGCUGAAGAGGCGGAGCCUGCAGAUCCUAGAUGACCCCAGGGGUCACGGGGGUCUCAGUCCGGUCAGGGGGUCGCACCAUUCCAUCUAUGCCAGCCUGGGCAGAGCCAAAGGGGGCCUGCCGGGCAGAAACGCAGACCCGUCCCAGGAGAGCUGGCACAAGCGUCAUAGCGUAGCGGAGUCCAACACUGACUACAGAGACCACCAGGAGAACUCCAGUCACAUGUACGGCUUCGCCCGGACGCAGGCGGAGAGAAGCACGCCCGGCUUCCGCCCCCUCAACGGAGGGUGCGCUCCCAAUCUGCACAAGGAUCAGAGGUCGGUCUCUCAUCACGACGUCAAGAGCGUGAUGGCCGCGAAGAGCCAGACGGUGACCAUGUGGCAGAAUGCCCCGUCCAGGACGGUGUCCGUCGCCGCCCUGGACGGGGAUGCCAAGGAGACCGCCAACCCCACGUCGCCCCGCUUCCUCAAGAAGAGCUCCAAGAAACUCCGCUCGUUGCUCAACAUACCGGAGAAGAAGGAAGGGUCGAAGGACAGAGGAAGCCCCGGGCCGGGAGGCAGCACCGACACGGUGCUGUCCGAGGCGGAGCAGCGGUGGUCUGACCGGGACCAGAGGAGCCCCAUCCCCUCUCCCUCUCGGCUACACGUGAACAAAAACCAUCCCGCGCACGUAGGGAACUCAUCGGCUCCUCGCUUCAGCACGGAGGAGCUCCCCUGCAGCCCGUCAGACAAGGAGCCUGCCCCCAGGGCACCGCGACCAGGCUCGGAGGACACUGCCAGGACCCAUCUGCCGUCUGGAGACUGGCGCUCCCAGAGCCAGAGAGCCGACGGCCGGCUCUACAGCCGAUUCGAGCCUUUCUGUGCGUUUGACAAGAAGCCGUCGUCGCCCUCUGUGUCCACUAACACACACGCCCAAGGCCAGCCCAAGACCACGCUCCUCUCUAAAGGUGGCUCCCCCAGUGAGCCUCACAAUCGCCAUGGACAAGCUACACACGGACAGCAUGAAAAUAAGCUAGGCAAGUUCAUUCAGAGAGUGGGAAACUUCAUUCAUAAAAACAAGUAGUAAGAUAGAUGGACAGACAGACAGACAGACAGACACACAGACAGACAUGCAUACAUACAUGCAUGCAUGCAUACAUGGGACCUACUGACUAGGGGACAUUUCACAAUCACAGCAGCUGGGACAGCAACACAACACAAAGGACGUUGAUGAAAAAUCAGGUGGAAAAAUACAUUUUCCCCUAUAUGAAAGGGCAUUCAUGUCCUUGUACUAAGAUGCAUUAAGAUCAUGUGGUUAGAUAUGGUAUAUGUGGACAGCUGCAUAUAUUGGUCAAUGUUGUUGUCAUUGUUGAAGUGUUAUGAGAAACACAAAACAUGCUUGAAGCUUUAAUUAUGUUGUCAUUAUUUGACAAGUCAUUUGGGAAGUGCAAUAAAAAACUGCUUUGGUGUUGGUAAUGUCACUGUAAUUCAAUGAUAUUUAAAGGGACAAUUCAUGGGAAUGGUGCGUUUUUUACAAACAGUGUGUCAAAUAAAGAAAAAGAAAGCC